AUGACGACAGGGCAUAUAGAUUGUGUAGGGAUGGAUAUUUUCAAUAAAUUGCCAUAUAUAUCCCUCCUGGUCAGUGAGAGAGUCUGGCUUAAUCAACGUAAAAAUGAGUUUGCUGAUGAUCAGGAGGAAUUUGAGAGAAAAUACCUCUACAAGGACCAGAAAUCAAACAACAGCAUGCUAUUAAACCGCGAAUACAAUUGCGGUGGUGAAGAAAUGGCUUUAGAUUCCGAAAUAACUGAUUCAAAUACGGCAAAUGACAUUGGUAUUUGCAAUACUUCAUUGACAAAGCACAUUGAACUGGACAACGUCGAAUGCUAUGAAUAUGACCCAGAGAUAUUGGAAUCUCCACUAAGCCCAGACGGAGAGUCAUUAGGCAGGAGCUCUAAAAUAGGCCUAGACGUUUGGAAGUGGAGUCGACACUCUGCCCCCUUGGGCUACACUCCCCCCCUCUGUACCUGCAGCAACCUUAGCAUGCUUUACCAGAACCUAACCAACAUACAAAACGGGCAGUUGCGUGUGAUAGAGCAACUUAAGGUAUGUACUGAUGAGAAUUGCAGCGGGUUGUUAUAUGUGCCAUAUAGUUUGGUCGAGGUGCCCCUAAAUCGCAAAAUUGAUAACGCCAUGUCCUUCACCAACCACGUGAAAAUCCCAGACCACACUGACAUCUACUGCGGUAGUCUUAAACACACCCUAGUCCUUUGCACUAUAAAUUUACAGCAUGAAAACCAAUGCCUUGAGGCAAUUAAAGAUGCCGGUAUCGAACAUCACCUUAUUUACGAUGUUGUAAAUGGGGGUGACAUCAUUCCCUUCUUUACGCCUUUAACACAAACAAAUGACACGAUUUUAAUGGCCGAAAGAAACAAAGCUAGUACAGAAUGUAAGGCCUUAACACUUCUACUUGACGAGAGUGACGACAGUCAUUCCCAAAGCGCUAUUUCGGGCCAAUACUUGAUUACAGUGCACAAGCUUGAACAGAAUAAGUUGGCAAUUUCAAAAGUGCUCAAAAAUCAGUAUGGCGAAUUCAAGCCACUUGAUCAGCACUUUUUAGAGACUCUAAAACGCUCAGUUGAUUCAUCUCCCACUGAAACUGCCACUUCCUUCGCCAGUAAUGGUGAUUUUGGCACUGAAAAUCUCUGCAACUACAGCGAGUAUAAGAUUUUAGAGACAACUACACUAAAGUGCAGCAUGAUGGAUAGCUUUUCCAAGGAAAGAAGGCCCUUGAGCCUACGUUUACGUUAUCUGCCUGGCAGCAACUUUGAUACAAUUGAGGAUAUCAUUGGUUUAUCUGCCAACGACAUAGCAUCACCGGACAAACCUUUGAAAAUUGACAAUGAAACCAAGCAGUAUGUCAUAGGAAACCUCUACAAAUUGGGUCUAUCAGCUCAACUUAAUAAAGAGAUAUGA